UUCACCAGCAAGUCAAACCCAGUCAUAAAAGCCCAGUCUGGAUAAUAUAGCAGUACCUUUUUAACUUCUGAAAUGAAAACAAUCAACACCAAACUCCAUGGCUACCAAAACUCUGAGCUCCACCUGUUUCUUGACCCUUACAUUUUUACUUCUCUUCCUGGUUACAGGGCACCAAGCUUUGAAUUCUGGGCCAUAUCCUGUGGUGGUGAGCACUUGGCCUUUCGUAGAGGCUGUCAGAGCUGCUUGGAGGGCUGUUGAUAAUGGACGUUCUGCAGUUGAUGCAGUUGUUGAGGGCUGUUCGGCUUGUGAGGAACUCAGAUGUGAUGGUACAGGCCUCUGGCGACUCAGACCACGACCUCAGACCGAUGGAUCUAUACUUGCGUCUCCUUCCAAACCGGAUCGUCGUCGCUCUUAGCCGAGUACAGCCUUUGGCAAGUAGCUUUCCUCAGUCGGCCUUCCUUUCGGUCUCGAGUUGCUUCAACAGCUCCGACGACGGUAUGACGAGGUCGCGUCAGAGAAGGAAAAACACCAGAGAUCUAUGUUGCCGGCGUUAGGUGGAGAUUUCGGGUCGUCGACGUCAAGAAACGCGCUAGUUCUAGAUUUUUGGUGUCCAAGUUCGGGUCUGGAGGGACCGGCAGUGAUUGUGAUGGUAGUGACUUCAAUUAUCUUGCAUUUUACCUCUAGCUAGGGUCAGUAGCUUGGACGUGCUUUAAUUCAUUUACAGUGGGUUUGAUUGUGUAUAUGAUUUGGUUUGUACGUAGCAAUGUAGGUGAGGCUGGUGGUUGUGAUCUGAGUUAUGUUCUUUUGCUUAGAGAGAAGUAGAAAGUUUCUGGUACCAAGGAAGUUCAAAUAUAGAUUGGCUGGGGAACAGAGAAACAAGCAAGCAUAUUAGCUUCUGGCCAUUAUAUCCUUUUCUAGUUUCCUUUUCUAGUUUUCUCAAACAAGAUAGCAUACUCUAUAUGAGGUGGUGGAAGCACACGGGUUUUCAGUCCUGAUGCUCCACGUAUUCAUAGUUAUUUAGUUAGUAUCCAUUUACACACUCACAUGACUCUAUAUUUUUGCCUAUGUUGUUUUUUUCGAUGA